ACCUAACAGCCGUUUAUUAAUCCCUUCGGAUUCCGGUCGUCGCUCAGUAGCAUGCAAAAUAUGUUAACCAUCAUCUCCAGCGCUCUUUGUCGGAUCACGGGCAAGAAUGUGCUGCCGCUUCUGCUGUUGUCACCCGUAGACGUCUCCUCGUCCUGUAGACUCUGUAGAGCGUCUCUGGCUGUGCUGUUCUCUGGUCUGAAUGGUUGGCUCCUGUGUUCCCCAGUUGCUGAUUGACCUGUCAGAGUACGUCAAUCUAACCUCAGCAGCGGCGCCCGCCUUGGCGAGGACCCAGCGGCAACCACCUAAACCACCACCAGUCAGUACUAGAGCAUCUGUCGCACAGUUAGCUAGCUCCCAGACCGACCCGCUAAACACACCAGGUGCCAGAGUCGUGGUCUCCCGCUCCUUCGCUGACUUCACCCCUCAGGCGACCUUUGAUAUCAAGAAAUGCGACCUGCACCGUCUGGAGGAGGGUCCUUCGCAGAAGGCGGAGCUGACCCGGGAGCAGGGCCUGCAGUAUUACCGCACCAUGCAGACUGUGAGACGCAUGGAGCUCAAAGCCGACCAGCUGUACAAACAGAAGAUCAUCAGAGGCUUCUGUCACCUGUAUGAUGGACAGGAAGCAUGUGCUGCAGGCAUCGAGGCAGCCAUCAACCCCUCCGAUCAUCUGAUCACGGCCUACCGCGCCCACGGAUACACGUACACCCGCGGCGUGCCCGUUAAAGAGAUCCUGGCAGAGCUCACGGGUCGUAAAGGCGGCGUGGCCAAAGGCAAAGGAGGUUCAAUGCACAUGUACGCCCCACAUUUCUAUGGAGGCAACGGCAUCGUGGGGGCACAGGUUCCUUUGGGAGCGGGCAUCGCUCUGGCCUGCCAGUACCAGGGCAACAAUCAGAUCUGUGUCACGCUCUAUGGAGACGGAGCAGCCAAUCAGGGCCAGCUCUUUGAGUCGUUUAACAUGGCCGCCUUGUGGAAGCUGCCGUGCAUUUUCAUCUGCGAGAACAACAAGUACGGCAUGGGGACGUCGGUGGAGAGGGCCUCAGCCAGCACCGACUACUACAAGAGAGGAGACUUCAUACCGGGAAUGAGAGUGGACGGGAUGGAUGUCCUGUGUGUCAGAGAGGCCACCAAGUUUGCUGCAGAUCACUGCAGAUCUGGAAAGGGUCCCAUUAUAAUGGAGCUGCAGACCUACCGCUACCACGGGCACAGCAUGAGUGACCCCGGGGUCAGCUACCGCACACGCGAGGAGAUCCAGGAGGUCCGCAGCAAGAGUGACCCGAUCUCCGUGCUGAAAGAGCGCAUGCUCAGCAACAACAUGGCAUCUGCAGAGGAGUUCAAGGAAAUUGACAUUGAGAUCCGAAAGGAGGUGGAGGAUGCGGCUCAGUUUGCCACGUCCGAUCCAGAGCCGCCGCUGGAGGAGCUGUGCAACCACAUCUUCUACAACAGCCCGCCGCUGGAGGUCCGCGGGACGCACCCCUGGUCCAAGCUCAAGUCCACCAGCUAGACUCGCACCUCGCACAGCCCCCCCUUCUCUAGAAAAACGUAAACACACCGACCUUCUAACCUUCAGAGGUAGAGCGUCGUCCCAGUUCCAAAUGGGGCCCCCUCUCUGCACCAGAAAUAUCCAGAAACGUUCAUCACCUCCUUCCUCGACUUUAGAUCUCAGCAUUCCUUACCUUUUAACGGGCCUCAGCUGUGACCUGCAACCUGUCGCCAGUGUUACUUAUAGUUUUUAUAUAGGAAUAUUUAAGAUUUAUUGUUCGUCUGUAAUGUUUUUGUUCUGCUCGAUCCUGCUGUACAUCUGACCAUCGUGUUGGACCACGGUCUUAAUCACCGCAGGGCUGCACAUUAUACGCACAAUCGUUAAGUUUCACAUUCUAAACUUUGUUUUCCAACCGUGGCACGUCUGUUAUGAAUUUCCAUGUUUAUCCAGCAUUUUAUCCAAUUUUUUUUUUUCUUUUUUUCUCACCAAAGUUUUUAAAUGUUGAGAAAAAGUUGGAAGAACACGUACAGAAGCUGUCUGAAACACUCCUUCCUCCAAAAAAUCACUUGACUCGUGAUUUUUUGUUUGUUCUCCAGACCUCUUCGUGUAGUGAAAACAUUUUUUAAAUACACUACAGGGCAAGAUGAGCCAUGACUUUAAAGGUGUGUGUGUGUGUGUGUGUGUGUGUGUGUGUGUGUGUGUGUGUGUGUGUGUGUGUGUCUGUCUUGAGAUGAAAGAGUAUAUACACCAAGUGAUAUGUGAGUUUUAAGGCUAUUAAGAUGAUUGUUGAGUAGCGCUGUCAGCCGAUAUUUUGACAGGGGAUUAUGCCCUCAGACUGAUCUCUACGUGCGAGAGAGAAUUUUAAAAAAUCUGGGCCUAGUUGUUGGAUAAGAAGAUGGACGCAUGAAGUUUGGAAGGAACCCCGUGUCCUCCUCCUCCACUGGCGAAUAGAUGCAGUUACAAUAUGUUGUAGUUUUUUCAGUUUUCAGGAAAUGAAUUUCAGGAGUGUGUGUGGUUUGGUGAAUUUCGCCUUUGCGGCGCGUAGAGAUGCACUUGAAGCUAGGAGCCGAUAUCUGGGUAACACGUGGAGAAAUCUUGAGGUCGGAAAAACGGCGCUGAAGCGACUAGAUUUUCGGUUCCUUGUUUCAGGUUCUUCAGUAACACUAGAGCUUUGUCGUGACCAUGAACUUAUACAGAUAUGAAGCUUUAAUUGGCUAAUGAUGUGUAUGUUGAACUGACAGACUGUUUGGCUGUAAAAUAAAAUAAAUACAUAAAGAAAGUUGGGAGGAAAAAAAA